GCUGUCCUCCUGCACAGAUCAUGUUUUGCACUUUGAACACUCAUAAAGCUGAUAUGGACAAGCUCUUAGGUGCACAAAUUGGCCUUGAAGAUUUCAUAUUUGCCCACAUAAAAGGACAACGAAAAGAAGUGGAAAUUCUUAAAACCGAUGAUGUGCUUGGGCUUACCAUUACAGACAAUGGAACUGGCUGUGCGUUUAUAAAGCGUAUCAAAGAAGGUAGUCUUAUGGACCAAACAAAAAUGGUCUGCGUGGGUGAUCACAUAGAGACUAUAAAUGGAAAAAAUGUGUCAGAUCGUCGGCAUUACGAAGUUGCCAAAAUGCUAAAAGAUUUGGAGAAAGGUCAGAUGUUUAAGCUGGAGUUGAUAGAGCCUAUGAAAGCAUUUGAAAAGUUGGAACCAAGAUCCAAAGGUGGAACUCUGCCAGAGGCUAAAAUCUCCAGAGGGAGAGAAACGCUUCGGCUGAGAACCAAAGGCCCUGCUACUGUGGAGGAAAUGCCAACUGAAGUUGAAGAAAAAGCAAUUAAAAAAGUGGAUGAGCUUCUUGAAACAUACAUGGGGAUAAGAGAUCUUGAAUUAGCUGCAACAAUGGUGGAAGCUGGAAGAGACAAGAAAAACCCAGAUGAAUUUGCAGUGGCAUUGGAUGAAACUCUUGGAGACUUUGCAUUUCCAGAUGAGUUUGUCUUUGAUGUGUGGGGAGCAAUAGGUGAUGCUAAGCAAGGACGCCUAGAAUGAGAACUGUGCAGUAUAUCAAUUCCUAUUUGAAAAUAAAAAAUGAUUUUCAAAUAUGUACAUCAGAAUUUCAAUACUUUUAUUGAUAUGAAUC